UCUCUCUCUCUCUCUCCAAAGCAGAAUACAAUGUCGGGUUCCAUGGAGGACUGCGGCAUGUUUGCCGUCGACUGCGUCGUGAAAAGAUCGAAGAAGGAUGACAGGACCAACGAGACGGUGUUGGAUGCCGAAAAAGCUAAAUUUGGAGCUCCGUGUUGCGACUUCCGUCCUUGUGACAGGAGCUCCUCAUGUUUGGAAGCUGAGAAGGUGCUGAAGGAGCUGAUGAAGGGUGAAGGGAACUCCUGGAUGGAAGCUGAGAUGGUGUGGGAGGAGUUAAUAGCUCGAGAAGGGCUGUUUUGGUUUGGCAGCUUCUGGGGAAUCGCGGAUUGACGUAGGACUUCUUACAGGCGUAGUUGGAUUUAGAUGCUUGAUGUACAUAAAAGUAAACUAAAAAGGAAAAAGAGAGCAAAAGAAAGCAUCUCAUUGAAAUACAAAAGAGAUCCAUUUCUUCUAACAUAAACCACGAGUUUGCUCUGUUGCGAUGGAUUAUUUUGUUUAAACGGAUGGCUGCCGA